AUGUCGUUUCCUUACAAGCAAGUUCUCCUGGUGGGUGCCACUUCCGGUAUUGGCGCGGCCAUGGCAGACAAGCUUGUUCAGGAGGGCAUCAAAGUGAUUGCAGUCGGUCGUCGCCAAGAAAGACUUGAUGCGUUUGUCCAGAAGCAUGGGCCAUCCAGGGCAGACUCGAUCUGCUUUGAUAUAACAGACCGAGCCGGGUUGGAUAACUUCGUGAACGAUAGUGUGGACCUGGACGCAUUUCGCACCGAGGUCAACACCAACUUCCUAAGUGUUGUCGACAUUUCCAUCAAGUUCCUCCCGAAACUCCAAGAGAAAAAAUUUCCCACCGGAUUGAUAUUUACCGGAACUCACCUCGCCAUCAUUCCCGCUGCCACCCUACCGGCAUACUCGGCGUCUAAAGCUGCGCUUCACUCUUACGUCUACAGCCUUCGAGAGCAAUCGAGGGGUUCCAGCACUAAGAUUAUUGAGAUUUGGCCACCCGUUGUUCAGAGUGAGUGCAAGGCAAGGGUUCCUUACCUCCACGCGCGACUAACUUUGGCAGCUGAGUUACACGACUACAUGGGCCAAGAGCGAGGCCGAUCUAUGGGAAUGCCUGUCCAAGAGUUCACCGAAAAAACAUACUCUCAACUUGUCAGUGGCUGCGAUGACGUGCUGGUCGGUUCAGUUGGUCGAGAAAAGCCUUAUUUGGAGCUAUUCAGGUCCCGGAAGCAGCAGGCCGACGACCUGACAAAACUAGUCCUGUCUCAUUUUGAGCUGUAG